AGAGAAGCUGGAAAAUGUAAGGCUGUACGAGAAAUUAUUAUUAUUAUUAUAAAUUCCCAUUCAAUGGCAAUUUAGAAGAUGGACUGAGCGGUUGAACUGAUUUCUUGUGAUUCAUUGCUUUCAGUGAGGCUGGUGACAUUUCCAAGUUGUGCCGAUCCUCUUCAGAGAAUGCAGCACAGACUCACUCCACUCCUGCUCCUUGCAGCUCACGUCAACCAGGGACUGAGCCCCGUCUGCAGGCGACUACACGGUGGGCUGCUGAGAGUGCACCCCCGGGUAUCAGAAGCGAUCGCCAAUCAAAAGCCUGUGGUGGUGCUGGAGAGUACCAUCAUCACACAUGGAAUGCCGUACCCUCACAACCUCAAUACUGCUAGAGAGGUGGAGGAGGUGGUGAUGAGACAUGGAGCAGUGCCGGCUACGGUUGCUGUUCUGAAAGGCAGGAUCCAUGUGGGCUUGUCCGAUCCUGAAUUGCAGUACCUGGCUGAGAGCAAGGAAACGUUCAAAGCAUCUCGCAGAGACCUGCCAUACUUCCUAAGCAAAGGCUUCUCUGGUGGUACUACGGUUUCAGCCACGAUGAUGGUAGCCCACAAAGUCGGUAUUCGGGUGUUUGUGACCGGUGGCAUCGGAGGGGUGCAUCGCGACGGACAAAGGACCUUGGAUAUAAGUGCAGAUCUCACUGAGCUGGGACGUACUCCUGUUGCCGUGGUUUCAGCAGGAGUCAAAUCUAUUCUGGACAUUGGAUGCACAUUGGAAUAUCUGGAGACACAGGGUGUGUGCGUGGCCACGUUUGGAAAGACCCGCGAUUUUCCUGCUUUCUUCAUUCCUCAAAGUGGGUUUCAGGCUCCUUAUAAUGUGAUUACCGAGGAGGACGCAGCACAGCUGAUUGAUAGUGCCUGUGAGCUUGGCCAGGGUAGCGGUGUGCUGAUCGCGGUUCCUAUUCCUGAGGAGCACGCACCGGAGGGCUUCCUGAUUGAAGAAGCUGUCCAGCAAUCUGUAGCUGAGGCAAGGGCUGAAGGAAUCCUGGGAAAAGAAGUGACUCCCUUCAUUCUCCAGAGAGUUAUGGAGCUCACACAAGGAGCAUCUUUGAGUGCCAACAUUGCUCUCAUCAAGAAUAACGCAAAAGUGGGCAGCCGCAUAGCGUGUGCCCUGGCGAGACGGAGACAUGGCAAGCAUGCAAUACCAUCAGAACUACAGACAGAGAAGCAGGCCAACCCCACACAACCAGUGGUGAUCGGCGGGUGCAAUAUUGAUUUUAUUGCAAAGGCAAACGAUGAUAUAAUGAAGUUUGGUGGAGUCACAAACCCAGGCAGUGUUUAUCAGUCCUUCGGGGGAGUCGGAAGAAACCUGGCAGAUUGUCUGAGUCGUCUGGGGAUAGCACCACUCUUCAUCUCUGCUAUUGGGCAGGAUGGACAUGCAGAAGCAUUCCUUCACAAUUGCAGUCACAUGGACACCAGUGCUGUGGCAAGGUUACCAAGCUGCAACACAGCAACAUACUGUGUGGUGAUCACAGGAACCGGGGAGCUGUGUAUGGGAAUUGGGGACAUGGACAUUCACCAGCAGAUAACGGAGCAGUAUACUUCUCAGUUUGAGGAACGGCUGCGCUCAGCAUCACUGGUGUGUUUGGAUGGGAAUAUCCCUGUGUCAACCUUAGACUAUGUCUGCAGAGUCGCUAAAGACCAUAAUGUGCCAGUGUGGUAUGAGCCCACAGACUUCAACAAGGCCAGUAAACCCUUUGUAUCGGACAGUUGGAGAGCCCUGAUGUACACCUCACCCAACCUAGGCGAGCUCCGCUCGAUGAACGAAGCUCUGGGCUUGCCAGUUCCAGCAGAGUUGCCCUCAGAGAUGGAGGAUGUGAUUGACGUGGCAAUGAGCAUGUCGCGGCCACUGCUGAAGCACCUGCAGUGUGUGCUGGUUAGUCUGGGCUGUCAAGGCGUGCUCCUAUGUGGCAGGGGUGAAGCAGGAACACUUUCUCUUCAGCCAAGGAAAGACCAUCAGAGUGCAAUCGGUAAGGUGUGUGCUCUCCAUCAACCGUCAAUUUCUGUGGAUGCGGAAGAGAUAAUGAAUGUGUCUGGAGCUGGCGACAGCCUUGCUGCCGCAGUGAUUGCGGGUCUGCUAAGUGGACAGGACACACACACCUGCCUCAGGAUGGGGCUGCUGGCUGCUAACUACUCCCUCAAGUCACGGGAUCCCAUCUCCAGGUCCAUCACUAUGGAUAGUGUAAACCCACAGCGGGUCAAUGAGAGAGCCUGGCUUGCACCAACCUACCACUGGGUGGACGAGACCUUCAUUAAAUAGAAACUGUAAUAUCUCUGCACAAUUUGAAGGAUUCUUGUUAAUCUGGAGUAAUUUCAACUUUGUUUUCUCUGACUUUGAUUCAAAGUCAAAUAAUAUUGUCUCCUCUGUUUGGAGCAGUGAUACCCUGAGUUCGGUAAACACAUGAUUUCCAUGAAAUUCAGAACCUCACUCAAAGAGUCUGUAAAGAUUUACAUUGGAGCAGUUAGGGUGAUUUUGUGAAAACCACACUGGCACUGUUACACUGACCUGGGUGUGUCUGACAAGGCAGUAUAGAAGGGAGGGGGAUAUAUUGUAGUUGAGGCACGGUUAGGUAGAAAAGCAGAGACUCCAUAUGUACUCUGUGUGCACCUAGAUAACUUAGGAAGAACAAGGUAAUUCAGUCAAUUUCUGCUCCUUCCACCGGACACUCCCUAUACAAUACAGAACAAAGUGAACUAUUGCUACCAGGGUCUUCAUACAAGAAGCUGAAAACGAAUUCUAUAUCAAAGUUUUCUUUAUAUUUUAUUCAUGUAUUGAAGCAUUAUAAGCAAAUCAGCCUCUCCAUAUAAGAAUAAUGAAUAUAUACUAUUGCUAAGUGUUGCCAGCAAUAAAACAUAUACUUACAUAUCAAUUACUUUGAUGCUGUAGAUUGGCAAAACCUUGUUAAGUGACUGUUAUGCUGUUUACUGAUAUAUGGUUUGUUUGGGGAUAGAAAGUUACAUUUGUAUUACAAUCCUUUGAUUUAAUACCUUUAUCUAUUCCAUUUAAUUGUUAAGUGAGUUUUUGCUGAUGAUUGUACUUUGUAGCAGUUAUAACCUUGCUAGGAAUGAACAGUAUCUGUAUUUUUUUUGUCUUUUAUCCUUGCUCUGCCUGGUACUGCUACACUUUCAAGGGGGGUUGUAUUAUUAAUUUUAUGACAUUUCUUGGUUUGAACCUGAUGGAUGUUCGUUUUCCUUGCCUUGUUUGGUUGGAUAUGGUAAUGAGGAGUAGGGGUGAACCACCAGAUGGGUGCAGAUGGGUGAGAAAUGGAACAAAGGAACGGUGUUGAUGUAUGAUAAGAGGAUGGCCUUGACUAUCACAAUUGGAGAUAGUCAUGCCUCCUUAUCUCAGGUCACUAUUUUUACUAGUGCAAAGCUGUGCUACCUUAUGUAAGUUCAUAUUUUUAUCAAUGUUAUCAAGAUGCAACCAGAGGUAGAUCCCACCUACACAUGGAAAUAAUGGAAUUCUCAGUUUGGAUUGAAUAUUCUUAAACAUGGCGAUGGGCUUCCGUGUGUGUCAGACACCCGGCCAACCCCAAAAAAGAACGCUUCAAUGAUAUAGUUUUUGAAAGAUAAAAAGCAAGAAAAUGAUAUCUGUGAGAUUAACUAGCCAAUGUUGCAGCUAGGAGUUGAAGGAAUGGUUAAGCAAACGAAUGGGUAUAAACAAAGCUGUUGUAGCUGCUGCUCUUCAGAACAGACCCGAGAAGAAAGACGAUACCAUUUAAAAAAGAAGACUCCUGCAACUGUGUAUUCUGUUCUACAGCUUGUUAAUUCUAUCAUAUUCACUUCUAUAUAGAAGUUGUAACCGUUAAUUUUUACCUAUCUUGUGUGAGCUUGAUUUUCUCGGGGUCCCGAAUCAAACCAAGACUCACAAUUUUCCCAGUUAAUAAUUUGACUUAACUUAAAUACACAAGUGGCCCAUUGCAGUCAACAGUAUCUAGUCUUAAUAUUGUAAUAAUAAUAAUCCUUGCAUUUGAUAUAGCAUCUUAUCACGUUGUUGAGACGUCUCAAAGCGCUUCAUAGAACUUAUGGUAAAGUGAAUUGAUUGUACCUUUUGUGAGCAAAACUCGACAGCAUUCUUUUUGUAUCAUGGUCACCACUGUACGUGAACAGACCAGCAUGAAACUUAUUGCAACCUCAAUUGUGCAAUUGCUUUGCAAAACUAAUUUGCAUGUCAUGACUCUGGUUUAAACUUCAUAACAGAUAUAUUAAAAUUGUUUCUAUACAAGGGACACACUGGCUAUGCAUGAUGUGCAGGGUUGGAGAGAGGUUUCCUAUGAAACAACCAAUGAUUACUGCCAUCAUAUUUCCUUUCAAGAAUGACUAGAGCCUUAGUUUUGCAAUGUUACAGCUAGAAGAUUAAAUGGCAGGAAUCAACCCCUGUUGACCUUUC